GCUUUCUUGCCGAGCUGAGAGAUACAGAACUGAGCGGAGCUGUUCAGUUGGAGGAGGAACAACGCAUCUGCGCGUCUGAAGUCAGUCAACGUGCAGUCUUGUGAACCAUGGGGGACGUUCAGAUUGUGACGACGACUCGAAUCUCAAAGGCCAGCCUAACCCUGGGAAGAGCCCCUCUCAGUAACAGUGCCCUGCCCACUGAGCCACCAGCCUUUACCCUUCCUCCCCGGAAUGUGCGUGUUGCCUUGGGGAGCACAGCCAGGAUUGACGGAAAGGUAAGGGGUUACCCAGAGCCUCAGGUGACCUGGUAUAAGAAUGGGAAGACGGUGAUAGCUGGUGACCGCAAUGUGAUUGAGCAAAGUGCCCGGGGAACUUUCAGUUUGGUCAUCCAAGGGGUUACGGAGGAAGACAGUGGGAAAUAUACCUGUGAAGCUGUGAAUGACGGGGGAUCCCGACAAGUAACUGUGGAACUUACAGUAGAAGGUAAUGGUGGGAGGAAAUAUAAUUUACCAUCUAGCAGCCGAUCAACAGGAGGAAAAUUUUCUGUCCCACCAGUUGAAUCUCGACCUAGUAUUUGGGGAGAGAGUCCUCCAAAAUUUGUGACAAAACCAUCGCGACUGAUCCUCAAGGCUGGACAAAGUGGCAAAUUUUCUGCUAAAAUAACUGGCCGUCCUCAGCCUCAGGUUAUGUGGUUUAAGGACGACAUUGAGCUCCAGGAAAGUGAUCAUUUCAACAUUUUUGAGAAAUCAGGAAUUCAUUUCUUUGAGAUCCGCAAUUUACAGACCGAGGAUGCUGGAUUGUACACCUGCUCCGUGGUGAAUACAGCCGGGAAAGCCACAGCAUCAGCAGAGCUCAUAGUUCAGAGUUCAAGUACCAAAUCAGAAAUGAGUCCUGUGAAUCCAGUUACCACUGUUACAAAGACAGAGAUGUCUGAAGUGAAGCACAAAGCAAGUAAUGGUCUAAUAAACGAACAGCAGUCCGCAAAGAUGCUAGAAAAGGUGGAGCCAAAACACACCUACACUGCAGUGACAGUCACCAGUAGGGAGUCGAAAGCUGUGACUGAAAGCACUGCACCAUCGGGGAAGGUAGAAGCAGAGCCCCAAAAGCCCCUGUCUGAUCAUGGAGCUGAAAUAAAAAAGUCUUCAGUUCAGCCAAAGACGGCAAGUUCAGUAGCACCUCAGGAACUGAAGCCGACAUUGGCCUGCGUCAGAGCUGGGCCCGAAGGCAGAAGGGCGGGGACAGGGCGACGAGCACAGCAGGGGGCCUCGGACAGCGGAGCAGCCCGCAAGAUGACUGAUGCCGAGCCCACUGCACCCGGGAAACAAAGAGAAACCAGAAAAUCGGCAGAACAGCAAAAAAUGGAAACCAGAGGAACUUCUCCCAAGUUUGAAAUUCAGCCACAAAGCUCUGAAGCAGUGGAGGGCUCAGAGGUCAUAUUCAAAUGCCAAGUUUCAGGAAGUCCAAAACCUGAUGUUAACUGGAUUAAAGAUGGCCUUUCCCUGAAAAGAGAAGCAGGCUUAAAAAUACACGAGGAAAACAACAUGCAUUACCUCUGCUUUGACAAAGUCCAGAAAGAAGAUUGUGGGAUUUAUAGCUGCACAGCAACAAACAUCAGAGGGAAAGUGUCUAUUACCUGGACGCUGAAUGUGAAAACUCCAGAAGAUGAGGGAAAAGCACCAUUUUUCACCAGUGCUCUGAAAGGGUGCUCUGUGAGUGAGGGACAGGAUUUUGUGUUGCAGUGCACUGUAGAGGGAAAACCCCUGCCUCAGAUUUCUUGGCUUUUAAAUGAUAAAACCAUCCAAUAUGCACAUUCCUCUUUUGAAAAUGGUGUGGCCAAAUUAACGGUUCAAGAUGCCCUCCCAGAGGAUGAUGGAAUGUACUCUUGUGUCGCUGAGAACAGCUAUGGAAGAGCCGUCUGCAGUGCUAAAGUGUUCAUAAAAGAAAAGCAAACAGCUAAGAAAACCGAGGCCUCAAAUGCUGAAGAACAGAAAAAGACAUUCGCUCCAGUGUUCCUCAAAGGCCUGAAUGAUCUUCAAGUCAUGGAUGGAGGCCAAGUCAGUAUGACUGUUGAGGUGACAGCUAAUCCUAAACCAGAAAUAGUUUGGCUUCACAAUGGGAAAGAAAUCCAGGAGUCAGAGGACUUUCACUUUAAGAAGUGUGGAAAUGAAUACACUCUUCUCAUUCAGGAGGUCUUUCCUGAAGACACGGGGAAAUACACCUGUGAGGUGUGGAAUGAGCUUGGUGUGGCUCGCACAGAAGCCAGACUCACUGUGCAGGAACCUCAGGAUGGAGUCCAGCCCUGGUUCAUUACCAAGCCAAAGUCUGUGACAGCCAGCAUGGGACAGCAUGUUCUCCUCUCUGGUGCUAUUGCUGGGGAUCCGUUCCCCACUUUCCAAUGGCUGAAGGAUGGGCAGCGUUUGUCUUCAGGGGAAGAUUAUGAAAUCCUGCAAAAGGAAGAUGUUGUCUCUCUGCUCAUCAGAAGAGUGAAACCCCAUCACGCCGGCGACUACGAGAUAAAGUUGAAAAAUAAAGUUGGAGACUGCAGCUGCUUGGUAACUCUGUUGGUCAGAGAGGGGGCAGUAUCCAGUGAGGAAGCUUACCAAAUUGAGAUUGAGGCUGAGCCCUCUGAAACAGAGGAAGAAGUUGCAGAUGGGACUGUGAGACCUGGUCGAGCUGGAGCUGCAGGAAAGAGUCCCAGGCAGACACAGUGUGCAGAAGAAGAGGAGCACGCAGAUGUGCGAGGGCUGCUGAAGACGAGAGUGGAGACCAAGGAGCGCUGUGAGGAGAAGAUCAGGCAGCAAGAGGCCGAGCAGCUUGAUUUCCGCACGGUCUUGGGAAGGAAGGUCACAACCAAAAGCCUUUCUGAGGAGGACUUAAAGGAAUUAUCCGCAGAGCAAAUGGACUUCAGGGCUAACCUCCAGCGACAGGUCAAACCCAAGACCUUGUCUGAAGAGGAAAGGAAAAUCCACAGCCCUCAGCAGGUUGACUUCAGAGGAGUUUUGGGAAAAAAAGUCGCUCCAAAGGGAUCUGCUCCGGAAAAAAGUGAAGCCAAAAAUGCAGCACCAGAUUUCAGGUCUGUGCUUGCUGCCAAAAAGAAGCCGGCAGCUGAAAGCAACAACAAUGCAGAAGCAGAGAUGCGAAAACCCCGAGCAGAUAAGGAGAAGGAAAAGAAUGAAGUCAACUGUGAGCAUGGAUGUCCAGCUGUGGACGGUGGGAUUAUCGAAAAGAAAAAUAACAAUAUUGGGAAAGAACCUGUGUUUACAAAGAAGUUAUGUGACGUUAAGGUGGUAGAUGGGGAAUGCCUGCGUUUACAGUGUCAGCUUGACUCAGAUCCACCAGCAGUGGUAACCUGGAGUCUAGAUGGGAAAGUCAUUAAGCCCUCCAAAUUUAUUGUUCUGUCCCAAGAAGGAGGCCUGUGCUCCAUCACUAUUGACAAAGCCCUGCCAGAAGAUGAAGGCCAAUACAAGUGCAUAGCGGAGAACUCUGCGGGGAAGGCUGAAUGCAGUUGCACAGUGCUUGUAGAUGAUCCUUCAGCGACAAAUUCUUCCUCCCCAGCCGACAAGAAAACAAAAAAGACCAAAAGCACAACCCCAACAACAGAAAAUGAGGCUACAGUUAAGAAGAAACCAGCACCAAAGACACCUCCUAAAAUAGCUGUUCCCCCUCAGAUACUGCAGUUCCCAGCAGAUAUGAAGAUACGUGCUGGAGAGCCUGUAGACAUUUUCUGUAAGUUUGGGGGAACGCAGCCUAUUACUUGCACCUGGCUAAAAUUUAGAAAGCAGAUACAGGAGAAAGGACCUAUUAAAAUAGAAAUUACACAAACUGCAAGCAAACUGACUAUCUCCCCAACUAAGCAUGAGCACUGCGGAUGUUAUACUCUACAAUUGGAAAAUAAAUAUGGCAGUAGACAAGCUCAGGUCAGCCUCACCAUUGUUGAUAAGCCUGAACCUCCAGCAGGGGUGCCUUGUACAUCAGACAUCCGCAGCUCCACCCUCACGUUGUCAUGGUAUGGCCCCACUUACGAUGGUGGAAGUGCAGUGCAGUCCUACACCAUAGAGAUAUGGAACUCGGUUGACAAGCAGUGGAAAGAUCUCACCAGUUGUCGGAGCACAUCAUUCAAUGUCCAAGGUCUCCUACCAGACAGGGAGUACAAGUUCCGGCUAAGAGCUGCUAAUAUCUACGGAGUCAGUGAGCCCAGCCAAGAAUCUGAGUUGGUCACAGUCGGUGAAAAAACAGAAGAAAAAAAAGAAGAGGCCGAAAUAUCUGAUGAUGAUGCUGACAAAGAAGCAGAGCCUGAGUACAGAGAUGUGUUUAUUAACACAGCUCAGAAGGUGCAAGAAUUGUAUGAUGUGGACGAAAGACUUGGAACGGGAAAAUUUGGACAAGUGUUUAAACUAUUUGAGAAGAAAACUGGAAAGGUUUGGGCAGGAAAGUUCAUAAAAGCUUAUUCAGCCAAAGAUAAAGAAAAUGUGAGGCAAGAAAUUAGUAUCAUGAACUGCCUUCAUCACCCUAAACUUGUCCAGUGUGUGGAUGCCUUCGAAAGCAAAUCUGACAUUGUCAUGGUUAUGGAAAUGAUUUCUGGAGGUGAGCUCUUUGAGAGGAUUAUUGAUGAAGACUUUGAGUUAACAGAAAGAGAAGUCAUCAAAUACAUGCUGCAGAUAAUUGAUGGCGUCCGGUUCAUCCACAAGCAAGGGAUCGUCCAUUUGGACCUGAAACCAGAGAACAUCAUGUGUGUGAAUAAGACAGGAAGCAAAAUCAAGCUGAUUGAUUUUGGACUUGCCCGGCGAUUAGAAAACUCAUCUUCACUCAAAGUUCUUUUUGGAACACCAGAAUUUGUCGCCCCUGAAGUUAUAAACUAUGAACCGAUUGGAUAUGCAACUGACAUGUGGAGCAUUGGAGUCAUCUGCUACAUCUUGGUCAGUGGGCUUUCUCCGUUCAUGGGAGACAAUGACAACGAAACGUUGUCCAACGUUACUUCUGCUACGUGGGAUUUUGAUGAUGAAGCCUUUGAUGAAAUCUCUGAUGAUGCCAAGGAUUUCAUUAGCAGCCUUUUAAAAAAGGACAUGAAGCGCCGAUUGACGUGUGAUCAGUGCCAACAGCAUCCAUGGCUGAAACAAGACACGAAGAACAUGGAGGCCAAAAAACUAUCAAAAGAGAGGAUGAAAAAAUACCUUCUGAAGAGGAAAUGGCAGAAAACUGGUCAUGCAGUGAGAGCCAUCAGCAGACUCUCUUCUAUGGCAAUGAUAUCAGGCCUAAGUGGAAAAAAGGGGGGUUCUCCCACAAGCCCGCCAAUCUCAGACAGGCUGGAAACAGAAGAGGAUGUGGCCCAGGAAUUUCUGGAGUCUGUGGUGGAAGAACGACCCCAUGUCAAGCCAUAUUUCAGCCAGGUUAUUAAAGAUGUUGAAGUGGUGGAAGGGAGCGCUGCUCGAUUUGACUGCAAGAUUGAGGGCUACCCUGAUCCAGUAGUAGUAUGGUAUAAAGACGACCAGCCCAUUAAAGAAACACGGCACUUCCAGAUCGACUACGAUGAAGAGGGGAAUUGCUGUCUGGUCAUUUCGGAUGUCUCGGGUGAUGACGAUGCCAAAUACACCUGCAAGGCUGUGAACAGCCUGGGAGAGGUCACAUGCACAGCCGAGCUCAUUGUGGAGGUCAUGGGGGAGGAAGAAGAGGAGGAGGAGGAGGAAGAAUGAGUGAAAACGACUUCACUCUUUUAAUCUUACGGGCUGCUUUGUAACACACUCACCUUCUUUAAAAGACUGACUAACAGACAAACAUGCUAGGAACACUCUUUGCUACGGUCAUGCACUUUUGUUUUCUUAUUUAACAGUAAUAACAGAUAUCAAAUGUUGAAUGUAAAAAUUAUACAAAUGGUGACAUCAUCAACAUUCCGACUGUUGUUUGAGUCUGGGAAGCAGUGUGUAAAGCAGUUUUUAAUUUGCUUGUAAUCAAAUUCUUUAAGGAAAGCAAAAGGAUGGGGAAAUUAAUGGUUUCAAGAGGGGGGAUUGUUUUUACUAUCAACAUUAUGAUGUUUGGUAUUACGAGGUGUUUUUAUUUUUUGGGAAUUUCUAUUAUUUUGAACUAUUUUAACACUGCAACCCAUAUUGUAGUUUAUACGUCAGUUGUGAAAUAUUCAAGCAUGCAGCUACUUUUUAUCCAACGUCACCUCCAUCUCUCCAAAUGCAAAUACAUAUUAAAGGACUAGGCAUUAAAUAAAGUGACACUAUUGUAGAUGUAUGUAGAACAUAUUUCUAAUUUUCUUUUUUUUAAUAAAAAUGUAUGCGUUUGACAAACUACAGUUUGCAAGUAAUGAGAACACUACAAUUGUAGUUGCUCACUGUUCCAGAAUAAAUGUUAUCACAAAGCAUGUUGUUUUUACUAUGAAUGAUAGAAUUGGGAUUUAUAUUGAGUGUUCAAGAUGAAUGAGAGCAGACAUAUUAGUAUAUUCAGAAAAGUCAAACUGAAAGUUUUGAAAGUUUGAUAAGUAUGACAGGGUGACACUGUUGCAAUUUAAUUAUUUUUUUCUUAAUAUUGAUUAAACAAUUUUGGACUUGUAUUUUUAAUGUAUCUGGCACAAAAAUGCUGUUUUUUUAGAAAAUAUUAGGUUCGGCCCUUACCUAACAAUUAAUCAAAAACUUUAUCCAUGGGCACAAAUUACAAUCCAGUACCUGGUGCUGAGUCUGAUGAGUAAUAGAAAAUGAUCCCAGGCAAAGGCAAAGCUAUCGUGAAGAACUGGGUUAGUAAUCUCUGAUGUGUGGAUGAGACAAAUGUUUAUGUGAUGCAGGGCGUUGUCAAAUUUUAAGUUAUCUUUAUGUGUUUAAAAUUUGCUUAUCAUGUGAAAUAAUCCAAUGAAAACAUAUUUGACAAAUUAUAAAAUGGUUUUCACUAGAAUCCGUCUUAGUUGUGACUGUGAGAAACAUUGUACAGCUGACAAUUGAGGUCAGUCUCUGGGCUUUUAUUUUUGGGGGAUUUUCUUCUCCACUCUCACAAAUAUGUAAGUGCAUUCUGAACAGAACAAAAUCUGUUUGCUUUAGGAAAUGCUACUCACUGCUUCACAUUGAUCUUUUUAUUAAAUUAUGAGCUUUGUGUACAGGCUUAUUAAGUUAACUGACAUAUGAUGGUAUAUAUAUGCUUAGAUGAUGCAUUUUAUGAAUUAUUCAGUAAUAAUGGAAAUGAGUACACUGGUGUUGUGUAUUUUUGCACAUUGAACAUUAUGAACCUGAAAAUAUGUCAGUAUAUUGUUAGGUAGGCUUUUUAUACAGAAGGGAUUAUAUAAUGAAAUGAGCUUCCAUAGUAUUUUCUUUGAAGACCCAAAGAAAGAAAACUACAUACAUUGUAUAAGAGAUUUAUUUUGAACCUCUAAAUAUUAUUCAGAUGUUCUGCAUUAAAUAUUCAAAUUAUUGUGAUUAAGAUCGGAUUAGAACAUACCGUAUAUACAUUUUACAAAGAACACCUUUCACGUUUAUGGGUUUUAAAAGCACGCUAUCACUGUGAAUUAUAGUGAUAUUAACAAACUCUGUCAGUCUGUCUGAAAGAUUCUGAUUUUGGAGUGUGUAAAAUGAAUGGAAACAAUCCUUUUGUCAUCAACAUGACAUAGUUAACUUUGUCCAGGUCAGAUUUUGCAAAUAUUAAUUCUGAUUAAUGCUGUUUAUAAAACACACACUUGUGAAACAAAUAUAGAUUCAUUCAUAUUUUUGUAUGUUGGAUUCUAUUGUUACUAUGAAAAGUUCAGUGAGUUUUCUACAACCUACAAAAAGAAUUCUAGCAGAUGAAAAGAGCAUUAUGAAUGCAGUAUGAGGUAAUAUUGAUAGAGGUUUAUGCCUGAAGAAAUAAUUUGUUUAGGCCUAAACAUAUGAAUUUCUAUAUGGUUAUAAAAGUAUGUAUAAGCAAUGCCUAGAAACCUGAUAACUAUCAUUAAAUUAGUCCUGAAGGAAGCAAUGAGCAUACUUUUCUUGCAGUUUUUUUAAUUAAAUUAUACUUCUAAGCUUGUA